AUGUCUCGCGUAUCUACAUCAUCAUGGGGUGUACGAUAUCCGAGUUUAAAAUUAAUUUAUAGAGGAGUGUUUGUGUCCACGCUUAAGUAUGCAGCAGAGUGCUGGUACGAACGUGCAAACAUGUACACAGUGGUGGGUUGUACUCACUCUACACUGCGCCUGCCCGCCGCCCGAACUGUGCGUACUCACACUCACACUACUCACUCUACUCUGCGCCUGCCCGCCGCCCGAACUGUGCGUACUCACACUCACAUUAUUCACUCUACACUGCACCUGCCCGCCGCCCGAACCGUGCGUACUCACACUCACAUUACUCACUCUACACUGCGCCUGCCCGCCGCCCGAACUGUGCGUACUCACACUACUCACUCUACACUGCGCCUGCCCGCCGCCCGAACUGUGUGUACCCACAUUUCUCACUCUACACUGCGCCUGCCCGCUGCCCCGCCCGCGCCGGCCCCGCGCCGCGCCCGCCGCCCGAUCUGUGCGUACUCACACUCACACUACUCACUCUACACUGCGCCUGCCUGCCGCCUGAACUGUGCGUACUCACACUCACACUACUCACUCUACACUGCGCCUGCCCGCCGCCCGAACUGUGCGUACUCACACUCACACUACUCACUCUACACUGCGCCUGCCCGCCGCCCGAACUGUGUGUACCCACAUUUCUCACUCUACACUGCGCCUGCCCGCUGCCCCGCCCGCGACGGCCCCGCGCCGCGCCCGCCGCCCGAUCUGUGCGUACUCACACUCACACUACUCACUCUACACUGCGCCUACCCGCCGCCCGAACUGUGUGUACUCACACUCACACUACUCACUCCCGAACUGUGCGUACUCACACUCACACUACUCACUCUACACUGCGCCUGCCCGCCGCCCGAACUGUGCGUACUCACACUCACACUACUCACUCUACACUGCGCCUGCCUGCCGCCUGAACUGUGCGUACUCACACUCACACUACUCACUCUACACUGCGCCUGCCCGCCGCCCGAACUGUGCGUACUCACACUCACACUACUCACCCUACACUGCGCCUGCCCGCCGCCCGAACUGUGCGUACUCACACUCACACUACUCACUCUACACAGCGCCUGCCCGCCGCCCGAAUUGUUUGCGAAGCGCACGGAAAUAUGGGAGGAGGCGCACGCGGAGCUGGCGCGGCUGCUGCGGGGCGGCGGGGAGCCGCCGCUGCUCGCGCUCUACUCCAUCCCCGACAACACGUGCCGCCUGCUGCUGUGA